AUGCAGCUGGCAGCUUUUACCCCAGCCACGUUUCGCCAGGGGAUGGUGGAGUUCCAGCCUGGAACUGGAUUCCCAAACCUAACCAAUCGGGACCCAUUCAUGGGCAAGGUUGCGGAAUCCUAUGGUCAGGUCCGAGCUUCGCGAUUCAAAUUCGGAGCGCGGGCUGGGGAGGCCUUGGUUUCUCCAAUUCAAUUCAGCAAAAUUGAGCCUGGUGUUCUGCGGGCGGCAAACUCCGGGCAUGAGCUUCUUGGGAUUCGAGAGGUUGCCAAAUCCUCCGAAGACAAGAAGAAUCUGACCUUCGAACGUCGCCACCGAGCUUUUUCUGUGGAAAACAUCCACAACUUGGCAACCUUGGAGCUGGCAACCUUUUUCCAGACUGACGAGUUUCCUUCCGUGGUCGGACCAGACCUCGCAGAUCUUCCGGAAUACCAGAAGAUCUACGUUGCCUUCAAGGACUGCCGUGAUGCGAAGAGUGCCAUGGACAAGAUUGGGCGCCUGCAGCCGGAGUGGCGUGUGACCCCUCUGACCGCGAAGGAGUACGCCAAGGCUGUUUAUGGACACUCCCACGUUGGUUCCGUGUCUGACUUUGAUGGCCAAAUCAACGCCAUCAUCUACCAUGACCCAGCGCACACCGGCCUGGAUGCGGAUGGUGUUUCUAACACUCUCCGAUUUAUCCUUGGACAUGCUGGGGAUAUCCACACACUCCGACCUCAGGAGGUUCGGCAUUCGCACAUUCAUGAGUUCUUGGUGGAGUUUUCCAGUUCCCAGGCGGCAGAGAACGCAAUUCGGGCAUUCGAUUGUUUCAUGUACCAGGGAUGCGUUCUCGAGUUGAACCCUCACAAACCGGACCUUGAUCGCCCUCGUCCUCGCUCUGGGAACUCAUUCUCGCGCGCUGACGUUCCGUACCGCCGCGGCGGUCGCGCUCGCAAUGUGAUUACUCCAACUGGCCACACCCCAUACACGCCUGCGGCAUUCGACGAUGACAACUUCGGAAACUCUCCAUCCCUCCGACACGGCAAGCACCAGGCUCAGAUCGUCAAUGUUGAGAACAUCCGCCUUGGAAUUGACACCAGAACUACUGUAAUGCUCCGGAAUAUCCCUAACAGGAUGACCCAGGCAAUUCUGAAGCGUAUUCUGGACCAGACUUCCUUCGGGAAGUUCGAUUUCAUGUACCUGCGCAUGGAUUUCAGCAAUGGCUGCAACGUUGGAUAUGCGUUUGUCAAUUUCCCAGAUCCCAUGGACAUCGUGGAGUUCCUGGACGCCCGGGCUGGACGACAGUGGUAUGAGGGCCAAAUUUACACGCAAAAUGACUUGGCUUACCUGGGAUAUCACAGGGAUCUUUAUUCCAGCGACAAGAUCGCUGAAAUCAGCUACGCAACCUUCCAGGGCAAGGGGGAGCUGGUGAACAAGUUCCGCAACAGCUCGGUCAUGCUGGUCGAGUCUGCUUAUCGUCCGAAGGUGAUCUUUGCUAUUGGAACUGGGCCCCAGGCAGGAAACGAGGUUGAAUUUCCUCGCCCGAACGAUCCGGUUAAACUUCGACGCAGCAUUGCGAAUUCGAACAACAACGGCCUGUACGGCCCUCGCCCCUCGUCCCGUCGCUCAGCUGAAACUGGCGGCGACCGCGAUGGCAUGAUCACUCCUUCAAAGCGAGUCGACUUUGAGCACCGCGUUGGUUCUAAUCGUUCCGGACAUGGAGGGACUUGGGAGAUGCCCCUGGGCCGUCGCGGACAAAUUUCCUGA